AUGGCAUCGCCUUUUCUCGUGGCCACGCUCGCUACCCGGCUCUUCCGUCCCGUACGACGCUGCUGCCCCAGCCCGCUCUUUGUCCACCUUUCGGCAGUGCGACAUGAAGCCAUUGUCAUCUCUGGAAGGAAGCUCGCCCAGCAGAUCAAGCAGGAAGUGCGGCAGGAGGUGGACGAGUGGGUGGCGUUGGGCCACAAGCGGCCGCACCUCAGCGUCAUCCUAGUCGGAGAGAAUCCUGCAAGUCACUCCUACGUCCUCAACAAGACCAGGGCCGCGGCCGACGUGGGGAUCAGCAGUGAGACGAUUUUGAAGCCAGCUUCGAUUUCCGAGGAAGAACUGUUGAAUUUGAUCACCAAGCUCAACAAUGAUGACAACGUGGACGGCCUUCUCGUUCAGCUGCCGCUCCCAGACCACAUCGACGAAAGGAGGGUCUGCAACGCCGUGUCCCCAGACAAGGAUGUUGACGGCUUCCACGUCAUUAACGUGGGGCGGAUGUGCCUGGACCAGGACUCCAUGCUGCCAGCUACGCCCUGGGGGGUGUGGGAGAUCAUUAAGCGAACGGGAAUCCCCACCCUCGGGAAGAACGUGGUGGUGGCUGGAAGGUCCAAGAACGUGGGCAUGCCCAUCGCCAUGCUGCUGCACACGGAUGGGGCCCAUGAACGCCCGGGAGGCGAUGCGACUGUUACGAUUUCUCAUCGACACACUCCUAAAGAGCAGUUGAAGAAACACACAAUUCUUGCCGACAUUGUGGUAUCUGCAGCCGGCAUCCCAAACCUGAUCACGGCAGAUAUGAUCAAGGAAGGGGCAGCCAUCAUCGACGUGGGAAUAAACAGAAUCCAGGAUCCCGUAACCGCUAAACCCAAGCUGGUUGGGGAUGUGGAUUUUGAAGGAGUCAGGAAGAAAGCUGGGUACAUCACGCCAGUCCCCGGGGGCGUUGGCCCCAUGACGGUCGCCAUGCUCAUGAAGAACACCAUCAUUGCAGCCAAAAAACUGCUCAGGCCUGAAGAACGGGAGGUGCCCAAGCCCAAAGAGCUCGGGGUGGCAUCUAAUUAG